AUGCUGGGAAUUUUCAAGGACGAUCCGGAGCUGCGCGUGCACGAAUCACAGAUCAUGCACCGCGUGAACGCCUUCCGUGGCUGGAAGGAACAGUUUCGAAAAACUGAAGGAGGUAUUGAGUCCUUCGCAGAAGGAUACAAGAUCUUCGGUUUCCAGAGGCACGAGGCCGAGAAGAAGUGGAGCUUCAACGAAUGGCUGCCAGCAGCAAGGAAAGUUUUCCUCGUAGGAGAAUUCAAUGCUUGGGAGAAGACGCAUCCCAUGACACGUUGCGAAUACGGUCGCUGGACAAUUGACCUGCCUGAUCAUGAAGAUGGUCGCUGGCUAGUACCUCACAGGUCCCAGAUCCGAUUGCGAAUCGAGUCGGAGUCCGGGACCUUCGACCGGGUGCCGGCGUGGACGAAGUUUGCGGAGGACACGGAGCUCCACGUCUACAACGCUGUGAUGUGGGAGCCGCCGCCCUGCGAGCGCUACGUCAUGCGCCACGCGAGGCCUCGGAGGCCUCGGGCUUUGAAGGUCUACGAGGCACACGUGGGAACGGCGAACGGCGGAGGAGAGGCCGGAGCCGGAGCCGCUUCGGCGGGAGCCGCGGCGCCCGCGGUGCACACGUACUUGGAGUUCAAGGCAGUGCUUCCCAAGAUCAAGAGCUUGGGCUACAACACGGUGCAGUUCGUGGCCGUAGCGGAGCAUUCGGACUAUGCCUCUGCGGGUCGGCAGGUGACCAGCUUCUUCGCACCUUCCAGCCGUUUCGGGACGCCGGAAGAGUUCAAGGAGCUAGUGGACACGGCGCACGCCCACGGCCUCACGGUGCUCUUGAACUUGGUGCAUUGCCAGCUCUCCCCGCAUGAGUGCCGGCACUCGGAAGAGCUGAACGUUUACAGCUGCAACACGAUUCCGGUAUAUUGA